GGAAAUUGUAUCAUCACAAAAACAACAAAUUUGUCAAAUGAAUUAGUGAAUUUAUCCUCAAAAUUCGGCUUCAAAUUUAAGAUAUUCUUCCAGAAAAUAACUGUGGGAUUCUGAGGAGGCACCCAGAGAGAUGACAGUAGAGAACGGUCUCAGACCAACAUCACCGGUUCAUGUACAUGUGGAUGAUGAUAUACCAGUUCAUGUUCAUGUCAAGAAAACUAAAUCCAAAAAGAGUAGAUGCACUUUGACGCAGAAGAAAAAGUCUGGUAAUUCUGGCGGACCAAUUUACAGCAAGAGCUCUAGUAACACGUGUCAGAAGGUCAAACCCUCUUCUGCUAGAGCGAGAAGUCGUAGUCCUGGAGGAGGACCAUGGGUUCCCCCACCAGGUAAAACAACAAGAGGAUCAAAGCUAGCAUGGCAGGGGCCGACGUAUCGUCUGGAGAUUCCCACGGGUCAGGAUAGAGAUCAAAGUAACGAACUUUCCACAGAUGAAGAGGAUAAAGUUCACGGGCAAAUGAGAUCUUAUGAAAAGAAAAUUGAUGGUCUUAUGUCCGAAGUUGGAACUUUAAAAAAUGAGGUUGAUCUACAGAAAGCGUUACACGAGAUAGAGAAGAGAGAUGACCUAUUGAACUCAUCACAGCGAGUCAUAGACAAACAAGAUGAUGAAAUACAGACAUACCAAGAUGAACUCAACGCUACCGAGGCCGAGAAUCGCAUCCUACGUCAGAAUGUUGACAUUUUGAAAGGUGACCCAGAUUUAUCCAGGGAUACAGAUUUCUUCACAGCUGACCAAGAAAAGUUGAUGAAGAAAUUAAUAGAAGUUGAAAUGGAUGGCCAGGCUGUUGCACAACAGAUUCGAGAAACUCGGGAAGUUAUUCGGAGGUUGAAAGAUACGACCCAGUCUGAGAAAUUUACCAAACAGAAAGAUCUGCUGCUGGAAAAACUUGCAGAUUUUGAGGCAACCAAUCGCGUUCUGAGACGUUUGUUGCGAGAACAGCACAGCCACGAAGCUGCAACGUUGCGACUUGGUGAACAACGGGAUCUAUUGAUGAAGAAAUUGUCAGAUACGGACAGGGCUAAUGAGAGAAUGAGAUGUGAAUUAAUGGAUAGAGAAAGAAUGAUGGUCGAAUUACAUGAUCAAAUCACAGAGCAAAAGAAUGAAAUAGGAACAUUAACGAAUCUGCAAGGAACCCUUGAAUCAACUCGAGGUCAUCUACAGAAACAGUUGAGAACUAAAGAUUCUGAUUGUAACAGAAUGGCCGUUCAGAUUAGGACAUUAGAAAGUUCUUUAGCACAGAACACAAUAGAAAUGGAACAUUUACAACAUUUAGUUAACACAUCUAAAGAAAGAUCUGAUAAAGAUAAAGAAGCUCUAAAGAAAGCUACAAGGGCCCAGAAACAACGAGCAGAACGUAGUGAAGAUGCAUUAGAUAAAUUAAAUGCCCAGCUAUCUGAAACUGAGGCCCAGGUUAUAGAAUAUAAGUCAAUGUUAGAUCAAAAUAAAGGCAGAUCAGAGAAAAUAACGAAAGAACGACAGCAAGCUAUUAGUGAAAAUACAUCGUUACGAAAGCGUAUUAACGAACUGGAAGGUAUCGUGGAUCAACUAGAGGACAAUAAUAAAACAAAGAACGAUGAUUUAAGCGUUAAACUUAGCGAAAAAACAGCCGAUGUUGCCAGUCUCAAAAUAGAGAAUGAAAGAUUGAAGUCAUCUAUAGCAAGUAUAGAAAGUAAGUUUAAAUUCGCUGAAGAUGAUGUCAUUAAUCUACGAUCUAAUUUAAAACAAUACGAACGAUUGGUGGACGAAUACAAAGACCAGUUAGUUGAUAUGCUAGACGGUACAUGUUACCUAGCAACAGUGGGACGAUUGAUGCAUAAAUCACGCCGUGAAGCGGAUGAUUCUAUGGUGAAAUUAGAAGAACAACAACUAGAAACGGGUCGAGUACAGAAAGACAGUCAACAAGAACUAGAAAAGGUUAAAGUCCGACUACAUCAAAGAUUGAAAGAACUUGAUCCUCUUCCUGAACUACUCCGCUCUACAGAAAGUAAAUUACACGAAGCCAACGAGAGACUUCUCAUGUAUGAAAUCAAAAACACCGAAAAUACCAAAAUAAUAGCAGAACUGACCAGUAAGGUUGAACAUACAUCAGAUUCUCAGAGUAGUGUAAGAUCUAAAUUACAUGAAACCCAGGAUGAAAACAGAGCUAUGAUCAGUAGAAUGGAUUCUCUAGAAAGGAAAUUCCGAGAAGCUGAAGACCAGGUACGAGAGUUGGCAUCAACCGUUUCGAAGAGAGAGGAGACCAUUCAUCAAAAUAAUUUACGUUUAGAAGAGAAAUCGAGAGAGAAUGCCAGUUUAACGCGACAAUUAGAGAACGCAUUAGCUGACAACAGACGACAAAAUGAAGAGAAUAGAGAGAGAUAUAAUUCUAAGGAAAGAACAUACCAGUCUCGAAUUGUUGACUUGGAAACCCAGAUCAGUCAACUGAGAACAGAAAUCGCGAGAAUAAAGCGAGAGAAAGAAGAGAACGAAAGAAAGUUCAAUUCCCGCCUGUACGAUUUAAAAGAUCGCCUGGAACAAUGUCACAGUACAAAUCGCAGCAUGCAGAACUACGUUCAUUUCCUCAAAAACUCAUACGCCAAUGUUUUUGGUGAUACAGCUGUCGGCUUGCCACCUACGUCACCAAUACGAUCAGUGGUACCUUGACGAAAAUAAUCUAAACUUAUAACUUCCAUUCCAUGUGUAAUUGUCUCUUGAAGUCAUAGAGUAAAUUCUAUUUUAAAACAAAACAUCAGUCAAAAUUCUAGUAAAAGAAUGGUUACAUUGUAAUAACAGUGUUUAGCCAAUGGAAGAAAUUUUUAAAAAAUAGGUUUUGUGAUGUUUGUCGUUUAGAAGAGAAUUUACUGUACACUGACUCGAUGGUGUGGGAAUCAGUGCUCUUCGCAUUUAUUUGUCCCAGAAUAAAGGGGCCUUAUUUGUAGUCCCAGAGUUAAUUAAGGGCCUUAUUUAUGGUUUUCUAUCGACUAUUGUCUACCCCUCAGCAUUAUGUUAAAAUUUGAUACAACUGAUUCUUUUAUGUAAAAAUCAUCAAAAUUGUGUUAUCAGUCAUCUAGCUACCAUAAUUGUUUGUAGAAAUUUUAAAAUAUAAAUAAAGACAUAAUCUUGAUUUUCCACAGGCUUCCCUUGAUAAUGGUCAGACAAUGUUUAUUGUAUUGGGAGUUUCAAUUAUAUUUGUCAUUUUUGACAAAAAAACGACGUCCCGUGUUCACAUUGCCGUGCACGAAAUAGAACCAAUGACAGUUGAGAUAUGAAGUAAGAGUAGGUCAUAUUGCCACUGCCCUGACGAAAUUUCUCUCAUAGUACACUGUAUGUCGCUCGUCCAUCAUCAUUAGCUCAGUCGAAGCAAAAAAGUAGAACGUUAGACCCCAUUUCAUUUAAUUUCAUUUAUACAGUAUUAAGAUAGUUAUUGUCUGAUGGUUACCAAAGGUACAUAACUCUAGUAAACCUAGGAUACAUAACUCUAGCAGCUCAUACAGAAAUACGAUAGUUAUAGCUUGACGCUUACCACAGGUAUGUAACUCAAGCAGCUCAUUCAGUCAUACAGUAAUUAUUGUCUGACUAUACCAAGGGUACAUAACUCUAGUAAACAAAGGGAAGAGAAUGUCUGCUGUGCUAUUAAUAUUUUAUAUUGAUUAUUUUUGUUAGAAAUAGUCUACCAUGAUAUUUUAUUUUAAACCAAAUAUUUUUAUUGAUAUAAGCCUUUCUAAAACUUUCGCCUUCUUUCGAAUUUAGAAGAAAAAAAACAAUCUAUGUGCAUGCUAUUGUAGUUUUACAGUGUCUGCUGAUCACCUAUCCCCGGUUUCGCAAAACAUUCUCAGACUUUCGAGUAAAUUCUUAACUUAAGUUUGAGAAUAUUUUGUGAAACAGAGGCAUGAUCAAUGAAGCAUUUAUCAAAAUGUCUUUUUGCUUUUGUUUUAUGUGUAUUCAUUUAAAAUUUACUGUCACAUUUUAAAGAUUCUUUUAAAAAAGAUAUGAUUGUGUCUCCAAUUUUGUAUUUUCUGGAAUAUAUGUGAACUAAGACUAUAUUUAGAUCAUAUUUUAUAAGACAGGGAUUAGAAGAUUUUAUAUUUAUCUGUGAUAUAUAUUAUUUAUGUUUUAAAUAUUGUAAAAUAUAUACUAGUUAUUUAGUUUUAGAUUUAGUAUUAAAUUCUACACAGAUGUUGCAUGAAAAUCUGCUACCAUUCAUUGAAAAAAAAAUUGUUUUUCUGAUAGGUAACCACCAUUAAAGAUGCAUUAUGUAAGAUUUAGAUAAAGAGAUGGUCGUCCUUGCUAUAAUAGUUCAAAAAUAGGUAAUUCAAAAUUAAUAUAUUGAAAAUUUCAGUCAAAUAACUUAAUUCGGAGCAAAGUUAUGAGUGUUGGAAGACAUAGCAUAGAUUGUUUAUUAUCGUAGCAACAGCACUGGACAUCUCAAUUAUCCAUUUUAUUGUUCAAUUUUAAUGUCUUGAGGACGUUCUUAUCCAUUUAAAUCUCUGCUAUCCAAUGAUUAAGAGAUCUAGAGUUGAUUAUAGGCUUGUCAUGUGAACAAAUAUUUAAAUAAUUGUUUAUAUAACACUUAAAGCCAAAAUAAAGACCUGUAAUUGGCAGAUUUAGUUCUUACAUAAUGCGUCUUUAAUAAAUGGUUUAAAACAGGUCUUCUUUAAAUCUUGCCUACGAUCCACUGAAAAAUAUCACUGUUUAUCUCACAGAUAAACACCACUUGUGAAUCGUCUAACUUGUCCUCUAUUUUCACACAUGAAAAUUUGCUUCAUUUUGUUUUAAGUAGGAUUUCAAGUUAAGUUGUCCAGCCACUUGUAUGAGAGAUAUUUUUCAAACUGAUCUCAAACCCAGAAUGACUUGUGAAUGCCACAUCAAAAUUUGCUUUCUUUUUUUUUCUCUCAAAACAUGGAGGAUUUCACUUGUAUGAGAGAUGUUUAUUUAAUAGAUCCGAAAUCUAGAGUAACUUUAUGAUUAACAAACCCUGAUUUAAUGGAUAUUCACCAUUUUGUCUCAGUUAGGCCACAUCCAUUUUAUUUUGCAUUUCCAGGCCUGUCAGCACUAAAAUUUGCAAAUUGAAAUUAAAUAUAAGAAUUUCCUGAUCAAUUUUUCAAAAAUUGCUUUUUGGGAUUAUCGGCAAGCUUUGUUUCAUUUGAAGUCGGUAUUAAUAUCCUAUUUGAUAUGGUUUUAAGAGUCCAUUAUAAUAUCAGUUUUUUCCACCUUAAAUGAGGAAAAAAGUUCUGAUUUACUAUCGAAAAAAAGAAAAUGGUGUGGCCUUGCAUUGCAUGUUGGUAUUAACUGUGUUAUAUAGUGUAUAUAUGUAUCCACAAACUCACAAAAUAUUUAUAUAUAAAUAGAAAAAAAGGAAAUAAAGAAAUUCUAAUUA